CAUUGCCCCGACUCAUUAGCCUGGGCCGGGUCCAUUAUUAACCUAACCAAGUCUAAACAAACUGAUCUGCAAGCCAGAGGCAAACGUUCCGAGGCCUUCGACAAACGAGCUAGUAAGGGAUACCGGGAAUAAGCUACACUUUUCAGUCGGCACAUCCCCAGAGCUGCUGUUGCUCAGCCGUGCGAAUUUGUCAGCGACGCGAACGGAGCAACUCCGACAAAAGAAUAUCAACACAGCAUAAAUUAUUGCUGCAGUCUGAUUUACACACUUUAGCUUCCCAAAAUCGAUCGGUAUAGAAGGAUUUGGCGCUUUACAAGUAAACAAUUAAGUUCUUAACGUGCACUUGGCCCGGAGGUUGGAUUGUUCAAAAUUAUGGCGCCAACGAGGAACUUCAGAACUGUGAGUGUUUAUCCAACCCCACAGGAAGUGUUAGACACCAAUAUGACGGAUGAGGUUCAACCAAAUAUCAUCGAUGGACCUUACAAAAGCUUGGACCAUUAUCUAGAAACCCAAUUCUGGCUCUUGAGAGAAGAUGCCGUGUUGCCCCUGAGGAAAGGAUUAGCGGAAAUAAAAAUAUUAUGCUGUGAAAGAGGAAAUUUUGAGACCGAUUCAUCCGCCUGUUUAAAAUUCUAUGAAAGGGUGAAAUUUUUGAGACCCACUAAUCAGGAAGAAGGCCAGAGCAAAAUUGCCACACUGUGCUUUGAACCAGAUAAAAAAGGGCGUCGUUCUCUAGGCAAUUUUGAGCACUCCAAAAUGUUCAUGUUCGGAUCGUUGCUCUGUUUCUCCCGUAACUCCUUCAAAACUCUGCUGUUUGCCACUGUCAGCUACAGAGAUCCAAAGUGUUCCUCCAAGUCUAAAAUCCAGGUCAAGUUCUGUGAGGAUUAUGAAGACGAGAAUAUCUACUCGAGUGAUUACAUGAUGUUCGAGAGUGAAGCUUAUUUUGAGCCAUACUACCACGUGCUGACAGCUUUGCAAAAUAUUACUGAUGAUUUCCCCUUUCAAGAAUACUUCAUUCGCGUAGAACAGGAGGAUUACUUGCCUCAGUAUUUGCGAGAAAAUGAAAAAAAUCCAAAGCCAAUAACUGUGAAGGGAGUGCAGAAAAAUUACCAAUUUGACGUUUUGGACGAAAGCGCUUGGCCUUCAGCAGAAGAGCUUGGCCUCGAUGAUUCCCAGUAUACGGCACUCGGGGAUGCACUAACAAAUGAGCUGGCUGUCAUCCAUGGUCCACCGGGAACAGGAAAAACAUUUCUUGCUCUGAAAAUUGUGGAAAUACUGACACAAAACAAGCUGGCCAUGAACAGGAAAACUCCGAUUUUGGUUAUUAGCAACACAAAUUGUGCCCUUGAUCAGCUCCUUGUAGGAGCACUUGAAAUCACUGGCAAACUAGUGCGCAUUGGAGGACAAUCAAGACGUCAAGAGUUGGAGUAUUUCAACUUUAAUAAAUUGAAAGGAUCAAGGUACCAGCGCCUCCAACAACUUGCUCAUCAGGACGUAAUUGGUCUCACAACUACUGGUGCAGCCAAGAUGAGAUUGGAGCUUAAUGAGCUUGGUUGUGAAGUUGUGAUUGUUGAAGAAGCUGCUUCUGUUUUUGAAGCUCAUGUGAUUGCCUGCUUGUCUAAUAAUUGUCAGCAUCUAAUAAUGAUUGGUGACCACAAGCAGCUCCGGCCACAAGUCAGUAAUUCAACUCUAAGCAGUUUGAAUUUGGAAACAUCGCUUUUUGAGCGAAUGGUGCUGAACAGGAAGGAGCAGUAUAGCACUCUUGAUGUGCAGUACAGGAUGCCCCCUGAAAUGACAAAGCUGAUCUCGCCAUUAUUCUACGAAAACCUGAAAGAUGACAAAAGUGUCAUGCAAAAGCCCGAAUUAAAAGUCUUGACUAAAAGAGUGUCCUUCAUUACACACGAGUUUCCAGAAUAUCCUGAACAUCGUCAAGUAAGAAAGAACGAGAAAAACCCUGGAAAGAAGAAUGAUCAUGAGGUGGAGUAUGCAAUUGCACUGAGCAACUAUUUGUUGAUGAAGAAUGGUUAUGAACCAAGUGAAAUUACAAUUUUGGCAGUUUACAAUGAGCAGGUUCAAGCAAUGAAAAAGGCCAUCAGAAAUGGUAAAGCAAAGUACGUGAAGGGAUUGGCGGAGGUCAAAGUUGCGACAGUGGAUGACUUUCAAGGAGGCGAAUGUAGCAUUAUAAUUUUGUCAUUAGUGAGAAGCAACAGCAAAGGAGAAAUCGGCUUUUUGAACGAAGAGAGCAGAGUGAUUGCAGCAUUGUCGAAAGCCAGGGACGCUCUUGUCAUGAUUGGGAAUAUGAGCACCCUCUCAUCUAAAAGCUCGUAUUGGAAACGCAUCAAAAACUCUCUUGAAGAGCAGGGUGCCCUGGGCCGGUCCCUGCUUCUAAGAUGUGUGGAGCACCCAGAUAAUCAGGUUGCACUGCAAAAUCCUGAAGAUUUUGAUUCAAUUUGUCCUGAAGGAGACUGCCACAGACUGUGCAUGAAACCCAUGGAAUGUGGCCACAGAUGCAAAUCCCUCUACAGUCCUUAUUGUGACCACUCCAGUUAUACCUGCCAAGAGCCUUGCUUCAAGCUGUGUGAUGCUGGCCUUCACGAGUCUCGUAUGGCGUGCUAUGAGCGUGCUUCUAACUGCCAAGAAGUGAGAGAAAUAACACUUCACUGUGGGAGACACGAGAAAACUGUAAUUUGUGGCCAAAGUCACUUAGUUGCUCAUGAAAUAUGCACCGAGACGAUCAUUAAGACGUUUUCCGGCUGCCACCAUCCAGCAGUUAAGGGAAUUUGUGGCAAAAAGGAAAAAUGCAAAAGUCAGUGUGGUGGUCUUCAGCACUGCGGACACAUUUGCAAAGCCGUUUGUCACCCUGGAGAAGACCAUAGUGACCACAAUGACCGAUGCCUUGAACCUUGUCGCAAGUUGUGCGCUUCUGGCCUGCAUCGAUGUACUCUAAAAUGUUAUGAAAGGUGUGCCUCUCGCUGCCAAGAAAAGGUGAAAGUGACCUACUCUUGUGGAAAACACGAAGGAACAAUUGACUGCGGACAAAGGCGUUCACUUGGAAAUAGAGUUGCCUGUCCUGUUGUCAUCGAGAAGGUUUUUCCUGGCUGCUUCCACUCAGCUGAAGUGGCCUGCGAGCAGAAAGUUUGCCCAAGGCAUUGUGAUCGACUGCUGCAGUGUGGACACGUGUGCAAGAUGAAUUGCCACAUCUACAAUCUUGAACAGAUUCAUCGGUAUUCUAUUUGCCACGAGAGGGUUCGAGCAAAUGGGUCUUGUGGGCACCCUAUUGUAAAAUUGUGCCAUCAGGAUGCAAAGACGAUGAAAUGCAAUGAUUGCAGCAAUAAGAGGGGAUGCAUCAUAUCUUGAGCUUGUGUUAUAGACUGAAGACAUUAAGUUCCUUCUGCAAUUUAAGAUCUGUGCAAGAAUGGCUGAUAUAAUUCUGACACAAAUAUUUAAAUGGCAACUUAUUAUUGCUAGUCAGGCAAUUGAGUAGUAAUAUUUAAUAUACAUUGCAGUCAGCUAGAAGCUUGCCUUGUUUGAUCAGAUAAUAUUCUGUUUCUAUUCAAUAUUUUGCUUUCAUCAAUUUUUUUUCAGAUUUUUCUGUCAAGAAAUUUCCUAUUUCCUAUUGGUGUGGAAUAAUUAUUUUAGUCCUCUCUUAAUUUGUUUGUUUUGACUGUGGCUGUGUCAUCGGAGAACUUCAUUGUUUUUUUUUAUUAUUAUUAUUCAAUUAAUUUUCGGCUUACAAUUAAAUUCAUUUUUUAAGGGCUUUCUUUUUAAUUAUUAUUUUUUAAUUUCUGGCAAUUGUUUUAAGUUGAAUUCUUACAAAUAAAUCUUGCAUUUAUUUUAAAUUUAAAGUAGCUUUAAAUUUACAAAUAAUUAUUAUAAAUUCAAUUGGAAUUAGCUUGUACAAUUCAUGGGAUUCCAAUUCACUUCAAGGGAAUUUAUAAAGGCAUUUUAGAAUUCAACUGCAGAUUCACAGAACUUUCUAGAUGCAUCUAGAAAGUUCUCAAUGUAAAUCAAAUGGGUGGGUGGGUUUUGCACGACCCUCCCAGGGCUGCUACCCGCGCUAUAAAAGGCGCUCCGUCCGCUGGCUCGAUGCAGAAGGCUGACAGACCUCAGAGAAAUCCGAGGACACCUGGACUUCCAGUGCAGUUUCGGACACCCGUCCGAACCCUUCGCACUCGUCCGAGCCGUCCCAAGGCCCCGACCGCUGUCUCGUCCCGACGCUGUCUCGUCCGAGGACAGCCGGAAGGCCGACCGCGUCCCGAGCCCCUCGAGCGGCACGCCUGUGUCCAUCGUACUGUCCGGGGUGUGGCCGAGCCGUCCGAAGCCGUACGGAGCAGUUUUGCCAGCUCCUUCCUGUCCGAGGAAUCGGGCGCCGACGUGGCACGCCGCCAGCGAGCGCUCGGACGAAGGCGUCCGAACGUCCGCCGCCAGAGACCCGCACGCCGUGGGCCCCGGCCGCGCCGAGAGCCGCCGCCGACCUGCAGGGAGCCGUCCGGGUUCCCAGCAAGGACGUUUCCAGGGCAGCCUGCCGGCCUACCCAGGGAACACCGCUCCCAUUUGUUGAUUUUUAAGUGACACUAUACGGACAAUUUCGAGCCAGUGAAUUUACCCUAUCCAGCCAGAAUUGUUGUGAAUACAAUAAAGCCCGUGUGUAAGCCAA